UGGAGUCCGCGUGACGUCAGCACGUAGCAAUGACGCUCGACGUCACGUCGCGCUGUUGUUCGGGGUGCGGAGCGCGCAGAAUCGGCAUUCGCGGGUGGACCACAGUCUUAUUCAGCACAUCAUCACCACCACCAAGAUGCACUGGGCGGCUGUGGCCUGUGUGCUGCUGUUGGCGGUGGGGCUGGCCUGCGGAGAGAUGCCGCGCUCCGACCAGCUCGCCGGCGGAAAUUUUGUCGAGGAAGGUCCCUGGAACCGGUUCCGUGAUGAGGUCGAGGAGGAUUACUUUCGCUCCUGGGAGCAAGCCAAGCCAUUUGACCAAGGACUCGACCCUUCCAAGGACCCCUGCCGCAACGUCAAAUGCAGCCGGCGCAAGGUGUGCAUUGCCCGUGACUACAGCUCCGCCAGCUGUGUCAGCCGCAAGCGCCUCGUGCACAGCAUGAAACACACCAAGGUGGCACAGCGGCCUGCUGAACCAGCAGAGGGACCUGGGGGCUGCAAGAGCUGCCCUGUGGUGCGGCCAUCACCGGUGUGCGGCACGGAUGGACACACCUACUCCUCGCAGUGCAAGCUGGAGUACCAGGCAUGUGUGACCAGAAAGCAGAUGGCGGUGAAGUGUGCCACCUCGUGCCCCUGCCACACGGAAAACAGCACCCCUGGCACAAGCGACAAAGACGUGUGCUCGGACCGUGAGUUGACGGACAUGGCGUCACGCCUGAAGGACUGGUUCCAUGUUCUGCACCAGCAAGCGGUCACCAAUGCAGCGAGAGACGCUGGGGGCCACGUGCAGCCCACGGAUCCCACCGCCUUCGACACCAGCAUGCUGCCCAUCUGCCGGGACCACGUCGGGUGGAUGUUCAACCGAUUGGACUCCAACCACGACCUCUUCCUGGACCAGGGUGAGCUCAGCACCAUGGGCCUGGGCCGCGGGGUCGCGGGUGGCCUGGAGUCGCCCGAGAGACACGAGCCCUGCCUCUCCACCUUCCUGGACAAGUGCGAUACCUACAGCGACAGCCUGCUCUCCAACAACGAGUGGUGCUUCUGUUUCCAGCGCCAAAAGCCCCCGUGCCAUGCGGAGAAAGAAAAACUUCAACAUAGCAAGAAGCUCGUGGGCGGGUUCAUGCCCACGUGCGACGAGCAGGGCUACUACGGACCCAAGCAGUGCCACAGCAGCACAGGCCAAUGCUGGUGCGUGGACCAGUAUGGCAAGGAGACCCCGGGCACUCGCUUGCAUGGGGAGCCCAGCUGUGGUGAAAGAAAGACAGAGGACAUGACGGCCAGUGAGGAAGAGGAAGAGGUGGAAGGCUCUGGCGACCUGGGCAGCGGGGAUGUGGCGGAAUGGACGGAUGAUGACGAUGAAGAUGACGACGAUGAUGAUGAUGUCGACGGCAACGAAGAUGAUAGAAAUGAGAAAGAAAAUGAAGGAGUGGGUGGCAAACCAGAGGCCGAGGAUCUGACCAAGAUGAAAGUGGCUGGGCGGGAGAGAGAGCAAGAAAAAGAGGUGGAAGUGGAACCAGAGGAAGACCCAGAUGAUGAGGAUGAGAGUGAUGAUGGCUACGUGUGGUAGAUGAGCUGGGUCUAGAUGUGGCGGGGGGGGGGGAAGCAGCAGAAGGAUGGGGGUUCAGGCGGGCAGGGCUACGUACAGUGGUAGGGGAAACAUGGAAACCUUGCUUGAACACGGGCUUUGGUUGGGGAAGGGGCACGGAUGAAACCCCUGCUGUUCGAUGAUUAAUCCUGAAACACGAGCUGUCCUGGAGGCUCACCUGAGAAAGAGUCCCACACCAAUCUCUAAACUC